AUGCUGGUACGGGCAGUCGGCAGAGCCAUCUACAAUGCAUUCUUUCAUCCGCUCGCUGCCUUUCCGGGGCCGACAUCACAUGCGAUGUCCCGGAUUCCGUACUGCUGGAAGCUGUUACGUGGCACGAUGCCGUACGACAUCUUAUCGCUCCAUGAGAGAUACGGCGAUGUCGUCCGUGUUGCUCCGGACGAGCUGGCUUUCUCGAACUCCGAAGCAUGGAAAGACAUCAUGGGACAUAACCCCGGCGUAGAAGAGUUUGGGAAACUAUCUAACUUUUAUCGCCCGGUAGAAGAAUCACCCGUGAAUAUCGUCAAUGCGGAUCGCAAGGACCAUGGCGUGCUGCGGAAACUGCUUUCCCAUGGGUUUUCAGAGAAAUCACUGCGGGCGCAAGAACCCAUGAUCCAAGUCUAUAUUGAUUUGCUUGUCCAGCGCCUCCAUGAGAACUGCUCGGGGGGUGCAACGGCGCUUGAUUUGACGGCAUGGUAUAACUGGACAACAUUCGACAUCAUUGGAGAUCUCGCCUUUGGCGAGCCUUUUGGCUGUCUCCAGAACUCAGAGUAUCACCCCUAUGUCCAUUUGAUCUUUGAGUCUGCGCGUGCGGGGACCAUUUUCCAGACUAUAGGGUUCUACCCUACCCUGAAGAAGAUCUUCUGGGCUAUGGUGCCGAAGUCUGCAAUGGCACGGUUCGUUAGGCAGACCAAACUGUCUAUGGCUAAGCUCGCAAGGCGGAUGGAGCCCGGUAACGAGCGAUCGGACCUGAUUGAAGGAUUACUGUUGAACAAGGAAGAAUUGAACCUUACCAUUGAAAACCUGCAAUCGAACAGCAACAUCCUUAUCAUGGCUGGCUCCGAAACCACCGCUACACUAUUGGCUGGAGUGACCUACCUUCUCUUGUCCAACCCUGCGGCCCUCAAGAGACUUACCGGGGAAGUUCGGUCGACUUUCGACAAUGAAAGUGAUAUCACCAUGACUUCGGUGAAUCAACUCACGUACAUGCUGGCUUGUUUGAACGAGGCUUUACGCGUGUAUCCACCAGUCCCCACGGGGUUGCCUCGCGUGGUACCGCAAGAGGGCCGCCCAGUCCUUGGACGCUAUAUACCCGGAGAGGUAAAUGUUCCCUUGUACGGUGGUAGCCUUACAUCAUUGGGCCUUAUACCACAACAAAAGCAUUUCACCGAGCCCUACACAUUUUGCCCGGAGCGCUUCUUAGGAGACCCGCGAUUUGCAAAUGAUGAUUAUGAAAUCUUGCAGCCAUUUAAUGUUGGGCCAAGGAACUGCCUUGGACGAAACCUUGCAUACGCUGAGAUGCGGAUGAUCUUAGCCCGGAUAGUCUUCAAUUUUGAUUUGAGCCUUGCAAAGGACAGCGAGGGAUGGAUGGAAAGACAGAAGAUAUUUCUUUUUUGGCAGAAAGGCCCUCUAAAUGUACAUCUCACUCCGGUUGCCAGAUGA